CACUUCCAAUGUCUCUCUCAUGACCAGCUACGAACUGCAUGAGGCGUCGGAGUCCACUGCCGUUGAAGAAAAUGUUUGCAGGAAAGCCCAGAGAAGGAUCCCGUGAAGCCGGGUUUCGUGUUUGUUGGAUCUCGACUCUCCACUAGCUGACCCAGUGACACUUCGCUGCAUCACCGAUAUCUGACAAUUCAUCUCACGGGAAAUCCUGACAUGUCGGCAUUGACCCUUGGUAUCUUCCUCCUGGAUCAGGCAGACUUCUACGGCUUGAAAUUGACUUGCUGGGCGCAUCUUGCCAACGAGAGCAUGACACCCGGUUAUACCUCCAAGCCCAAUCCCUAAUAAGAUUGAGGCUUGGUAUUGCAAAGGAGGUUUUUGUCGACAGGCCCUUUAGCGGGUGAUGCUCGUCAGCUGACUCCAAUCAGCUCCGUCAUUCCACCAGACCAAGCUGUACCAAGGAAACCGUCAUCGUUCAGGCGCUGGCCAAGCUGUCGCCAACUUAUUGCUUUCAAUGACACCGAGGCUUAGGGAGCCCAUGGGAGCCUCACUGCCUCCGGCGCGGAGUCUUAUUUAUUGGAAGUCAUCCUUGGCAAACACAAUCAAUGGGUAGAGGUUGGCCACUCACGACCUCCCCGAGGGUCACUAUGUGGCUAAGCUGGUACCUACAUUGGCUAGGCGUGUUUGAGGUCGAAUAUCAGAGUCCACCCUCCACUCCGGCCCUGUCGCUUCUCAGACAACCAUCGAUCCUUUCCUUGGCAAGCCCCGUACCACCGCACAUUCUGUCUGAGCAGCACUGGUCAAUGAUCACCUCUCAGCUCAGAUACCGUACUCAGCCUGUCAAGUGCAGUGCACUGACUCAGAUCAAUAUAACGAAAGUUGCAUCAACAGCCUAACGAGUCUAUUGUCAAUCGUCCCAGAAUACAAUCGAGCCUCGCGGUGUGUGGUGAUAUGCCAGCCAGCCACUCGGCUGGAUAUAGCCAUUGGGCCCAGCCUCAACAGCCGUUCCUGCAGCAGAGCGGACCGAAAUGGCAGAGUUUGUUCACGGCUCACUCUUUUGGCCUCUUGAGCCACGAGUUUCGAAAGUUAACUCAUACCUGGAUUCAUGCAAGCGCUGCAUCAAUGCCACCUGCCACGACCACACUACCCAUGCCAGCCGCAUCAGCCCCAGAUUAAAUGUGACUGCUAAGCCGCUAGCAGAUGGAUAGGAACGGUCAGUCUGCAAUUUUCAGUACCAAGCCAGGCCAUUGCUUCCAGCUCAGUUGUGGCGCUGUAAUUCCCCGGCAUCCUGUCACGAGCCGAGUCUCAUCUGGAGAGCUGCAGCAAAACAAGGGUAAGCUGAUGAAGGAUCCUGGUGGCGGAUCUUAUACAUCCCAACCUCGCACCCACACGACAGCUUCCUUUCUGUGUUACUUCUAUAUCAUCUUCCUCUGACCUCCCCUCCGUGGAGUACAAUACACUCAUUGUUUGUACAAGUCUUUCUUUCUUACUCCACAUCAUUUGCACAAUGGCCUUCUCAAGGCUCAUUGCGAUACUCUCGUUCUUGUCACUCGCUAUCUUCGCAUAUGCUGCACCCUCCUCCUCAUUAUCAGCACUUACGACACGAUCUAAUAAGGUACACUUCGAAGUGACCCUGACAUGGGAGGACUAUUCUCCCAGUGGAGGGAAGCCACGCAAGAUGAUCCUCACUAAUGGGACCUUCCCUGGACCGGCAUUGAAGUUGAAGGUCGGCGAUGAGGUGGACUUCCUCGUUCACAACGAGCUUCCUGAUCCCACAGCGGUCCACUUCCACGGAAUCGUGCAGCAAGGAACACCUUGGUCGGACGGCGUGCCAGGUCUUUCACAAAAGCCGAUCGCUCCUGGUUCUUCAUACCUCUACAAGUGGACCGCUGAUGCUUCAGGCGUCUACUUCUACCACGCCCACUACCGCUCGCAGAUGAUGGAUGGCUUGUACGGAGCUAUCAUUAUCGAGGCCGCCGAUAAUGCGCCCAAGCCUUUCACGUUGAUCAGCAAUGAUUCCUCGGCAGUUGCAGCCAUGGUAGCCGCAGAGAAGAUUCAAGAAACCAUCUUCGUCUCCGACUACAACAAGUACACCUCGAAAGAAUUUCACGAGCAGGAGGAAGCCGCCAAUGUUGACAUCGCUUGUGCCGACUCCAUCAUCCUGAACGGCAAGGGUUCGCAAUACUGCUUGAGCCGGGGUGAAUUGACAGCCUACACCAACCCAAAGGCCACCGCUCUGCUUGCUGCCGUGAGCCCAUCGCAGCUAACUGACAAGGGCUGCUUGCCUCCCAACCUCCCAGCCACACAGGGAAACUUCACAUUUGCCAUUGACACCCUCCCCGCCGAUGCCUACUUCGAGUGCACGCCGUCCACCGGCGAAAUGGCCACUUUCGAAGUCGACCCGGCUAAAGGUUGGGCUGCCUUCACCUUCAUCAACCCAGGUGGCUUCGAACUUCUCAAGUUUACCAUCGACGGCCACAAGAUGUGGGUGUACGCUGUCGAUGGCGGCUACGUGACCCCCCAACGUGUGGACCAAGUCAUCAUCAACAACGGCGAUCGUUACUCCGUGCUCGUCCAGCUCAACCAAGCGCCAGCCGAGUACUCCAUCCGUGUUGCCAACAACGGUCUCAACCAAGUCAUCAGCGGGUUUGGUGUCCUCAAAUACAAAGGCUCCUACGGCCCCGCGUCAUCCGACCCCAACGCCCUGUCCGUCAUGAACUUCGCCGGCACCAACCUGACUCAAAUCGUCCCCUUCAACGACAACAAAGCCGCGCCAUUCCCACCAAACCCGCCCGCAGCCGCAGCCGACGUCACGUACAUGUUCAACAUUAAGAAGCUGGGCCGACCUUUUGGCGCAUAUCAAUGGACGCUCAGCGGCAUCGACGGCUUCAACACGUCCAUGGAAGACGCGAUGCCCCUCCUUGACCAGGACCCAGCCCAGGUUCCCGCUGACGACCUGAUCAUCAAGACCAAGAUGGGCCAGUGGGUCGAUUUGAUCAUCAAGACCCAAGGUCCUCUCGCCCAGCCUCACCCAAUGCACAAACACAGCAACAAGGCCUACGUCUUGGGCAAGGGCGUUGGCGCAUGGAACUGGUCCAGCGUCGCUGAAGCUGCGGCCGUGCUCCCGAACACCACGUUCAACUUUGUCAACCCACCUCUACGCGAUGGGUACACCACAACCGCCGCUGAAGCGAACAACACCUGGAUGGCUCUGCGCUACGAAGUCGUCAACCCUGGUGCGUUCCUGUUCCAUUGCCACGUCCAGACCCACAUGGCUGGCGGCAUGGCCAUCGCUAUGCUCGAUGGCGUCGAUGACUGGCCGACCGUCCCUCUUGAGUAUGCAGAUGGCAACGGUAUGACCUCCACGCUCAAGAAGAAGGGCCGGAAGCAUCCCAUCUCAUCAUAACCGGAACACUCGAAUCCGGCUUUCUUUUUUGUCAUUUUGACUAUUCAAUGGUCCGGUCCAGGUUGCAUUGGUUCGGUACUUCAAAAAUUUUGGGGCGGAUGCGUGAUGGGAUGUAGUAGGAUGGCCUGCAUUACUAGAUCUUUAUUUUCUCUCCAUGUUUCACAUAAUAUUGGAGUGGGCAUACCGUGUAUGUAUGCAAAGUUUGGUGGUGCGCAACAUAUAAUGACCAACCCAUAUUCCAUGUGAGCAUAUACAUAAUGAUGAUGAGCUUUCCUUUC